AUGCUAAAGCGCAAAGCGGUCAGACGUUGUUCUGCACAUUAUUAUGUGACUGCUGAAGACCACGUGGAAAACGAAGUAAAACACGAAAAACUUCUAACAGAAACUUCUCGAUUAUCAUCUUCAUGGGCUGGUCUAAGUGUUUCAUGCAGUGAAUCUAGCGAUAGAGAUUGUUCAUCAUCUUCCACAUCUGUGAAUAGCAGCCCUAAUCAUCGUCCAAGUUCUUUCAGUGGGCCUCUGGUAAUUUCCGUCACUUGUUCUUAUCCUAUCUGCUCCGGAGUUAGCAACUGUGGUCCUUCUGUUACCACUGGUUCUAGUAAGGGUAUGCCUUCGAGUCCUCCUCAUUUUCCUCGAUCAUCUUCUUGCUAUCCGUCACCGGUUGCGUCACCUGUCUCUUCACGCGUUCAGUGUUAUUCACCUUCUUUACCAACCUCAACUGUUUCUCCCAAUCCCCGUCGAUUUAGCAAUACCGGUGGUGCAAGUCCUUUGCUUGUUUCAGCUGCUCUUGGACGCAAACGAGGGUAUUUGUCUUGUGUGUCUGGGGGUGCAGGUUCUAGUGGUGAUGUUAGUCGUGAGGGGUCACCAGAAUCUUCAUGUUGCCACAGAAAUAACAAAUCUUCGUGUCAAAAUGAUGUCCGGAUAUGUAGCAGUGGCACAAAUCCAUAUUCUGACUUCCCCUAUUUCCGUUGGCCACCGAGUUUACCUGUAGUAUCGAGUCCUUCUAGCCCAUCGUGUCAACUUUUUUCUGUGGCUACAAACUCCAAUAACUCCAGUAGCCCAUCUUCAAUUCCUCCUUCUCCUCAUGUCCUGCCCUCAUCUCCUAUAUCUUCUAUCUCUCAUUCUUCAAUACCAUCCGGUGUUGUUGAAUGUACACGCUCUCCAAACGACCUUAAUGUCUCUAAUGCAUUAGGUACAAAUGAGAUUACGGAUUCUAUGAUGGACUUAGAUGUUAAGAAGUGUUCUACUUCAAAUUAG